GAGUUUUGAAUGCUCUUGGAUCCAAUAACUGGGCAUCUCUUUCUAUAAAAGAAGGGUGACAUGCUGUUCUUUUUCAGUCUUUCUGGAACCUACACUUACAGAAGUGUGGUAACAUGGCUCGUACCAAGCAGACCGCUCGCAAAUCUACCGGCGGCAAGGCGCCGCGCAAACAGCUGGCCACCAAGGCAGCUCGGAAAAGUGCUCCGGCCACCGGCGGCGUGAAGAAACCCCAUCGCUACCGGCCCGGGACCGUGGCCCUCCGCGAGAUCCGCCGCUACCAGAAGUCCACCGAACUGCUGAUCCGCAAGCUGCCGUUCCAGCGGCUGGUGCGGGAGAUCGCUCAGGAUUUCAAGACAGACCUGCGCUUCCAGAGCUCCGCUGUGAUGGCUCUGCAGGAGGCUUGUGAGGCCUACCUGGUGGGGCUGUUUGAGGACACCAACCUGUGUGCUAUCCAUGCUAAGCGUGUGACCAUCAUGCCCAAGGACAUCCAGCUUGCCCGCCGCAUCCGUGGCGAGAGGGCUUAAAACUCCGUUUUACCUGGACUUGCCUACAGGCAGUUCUUAACCCAAAGGCUCUUUUCAGAGCCACC